AAUCAGAAGCAGGGGACGCGGGUGCGGCUUUGACAGACCCGGAAAUACACCAAUAGCUAUGUGGCUAACCGCCUUUAGCUCUGCCUUGUUGGAGGAAGUCAACAAAGUCUGUGAGAUAUGAGUUUCCACUACGGCCAGGGCUACCCAGGAGGAGGCCACCCACCACCAAGUGCUCCAUACGGGGGAGGCAGUGGUCCAUAUGGGCAUCACCCCUCAGCUCCAUACGGCGGUGCACCACGUCCACAAGGAAGUCCUUAUGGUGGUUAUGGAGCCCCAGGUCAGGGAGGACAGUACGGGUCUGGGCCUUAUGGGGGUUACGGGGGACAGCCUCAUGGAGGACAAUACGGACACCACGCUCCUGCAGGUAACAUCCCUCCCGGUGUUAACCAAGAGGCAUACCAGUGGUUCCAAACUGUUGACACAGACCACAGCGGCUUCAUCAACAUAAAGGAGCUGAAGCAAGCGCUCGUCAACUCCAACUGGUCCUCUUUUAAUGACGAGACCUGCCUCAUGAUGAUCAACAUGUUUGACAAGACGCGGUCAGGUCGAAUAGACUUGUUCGGCUUCUCUGCGCUGUGGGACUUCAUGCAGAGGUGGAGAGCACUUUUUCAGCAGUACGACAGAGACCGCUCAGGCUGUAUCAGUGGCACGGAGCUACAGCAAGCCCUCGCUCAGAUGGGCUACAACCUGAGCCCACAGUUUUCGGAGAACUUGGUGCGGCGCUACACCAUGCGAGGACGACCCGGCAUCCAUCUGGACCGCUUCAUCCAGGUGUGCACCCAGCUCCAGACCAUGACACAGGUCUUCAGGGAGAGAGACACGGGCAUGACGGGCAACAUCCGCCUCAACUAUGAGGAUUUCCUGUCUGGGGCCAUCACCAGGCUCAUGUGAGCCUCAUUCCACUGACACUCCAUCUGCACUGUGGAUUCACAGUAUCAUUCCAUAUUCAGGUUUUUUUUUUUUUUGCUCAGUUAUAAUGCUCUCCCAAAAGUGCCCCAGCCUGUUGGUACUGUAUGUAUACAGCAUAUCAGCUGGUACACACUAUUCCAUAGCUUGUUGCUGUAAGUAAGAAGCUUUACACCAUGCACCUGAAUGAAGUGCAGCGGAUAUUAUAAAGGUAGCUAAAGCCUUUACUUGAUGGCUUAGCUUUCACGAGGGCGUCAGCGGGAAAGUGGUUGUGGCUUGAUAACAUCAGUCACCGUAUACCUUAGGUCCUUUAAACAGUCAUACCCUCACCAUAGAUGCCUUGGUGACAAUUAGCAAGUGUUUACUAGUGCCAGUACAGUUCUGGAUUCAAAUGAUAAAUAGUUUACCUUAAAUACAAGGGAGCAUGUGUUCAGCUCACUGAAUACCUUUGCUCACAUGCAGCAUUAACAUGUUCCAUCAAAACGAUUUUUAAAUUCUUAAAAUUUAAAUGGACAAGUGUCCAUGAUUUCCUGAGGGUAUUAAAUGCAGUGCUUGCACAUUUAUUGCUACUGCAAUGUGCAUAAUUAAGAAAAAGAAAUGCCACAUUUUAUAAUAUCAGAACUAUUCUAUUCUUUCACCUAAUGGGGUUUUGUCCUCAAAGCUCUAAUGUAAGUGACUAAGUGAUUUUCAGUGUUAAAUUUUGGCUAAAUUGCACUCCAGUAAGUCAGUAUCGACCAUAAAUAAAAAAAAUAAUUAUCUGUGGCCAAAAGAUGCCAAAAGAAAAGUGGGGCCAGUACUGAGGUACAUUAUAUGUUCAGAAAUCAGUAAACAUGCCAAAGUGGUUCAUAUUGCCAAAAAGAAAUAAACGAUUUUGUUUCAAA